GUAGAGAAGAUCUGUCGCCUCCAAGCAGCCUGAACGGAUACAGCGCGGAUAGUUGCGAUGCGAAGAAGAAGAAAGGCCCGACUCCCCGACAGCAGGAAGAACUCUGCCUGGUUUGCGGGGACAGGGCGUCGGGAUACCACUACAACGCCCUCACAUGUGAGGGAUGCAAAGGCUUCUUUCGACGGAGCAUCACAAAAAAUGCAGUCUACCAAUGUAAAUACGGCAACAAUUGCGACAUCGAUAUGUACAUGCGACGGAAAUGCCAAGAGUGUCGGCUGAAGAAGUGUUUGACAGUGGGCAUGAGGCCCGAGUGUGUAGUUCCUGAAACCCAAUGUGCUGUGAAAAGAAAGGAGAAGAAAGCCUUGAAGGAUAAGGACAAGCCGAACAGUACGACCAAUGGGUCGCCCACUGGAGUGAUCAAAAUCGAGCCAGAGCUCUAUCUUUCACUUGGGGUCGAUUUGGAAGGAGGCGAAAAAUCGACCGGUGUCAAGCCAAUCUCCCCCGAACAGGAAGAGCUCAUACAUCGACUGGUUUACUUCCAAAAUGCUUACGAGCACCCAUCGGAAGAGGACGUGAAUAGGAUACUGAAACAACCCAUGGACGAUGAAGAUCAGCGUGAGGUCCGUUUCAGGCACAUAACGGAAAUAACGAUACUCACAGUGCAACUAAUCGUCGAAUUUGCUAAGCAAUUGCCUGGCUUCGAUAAACUUCUUCGUGAGGACCAAAUCGCUCUUUUAAAGGCGUGUUCGAGUGAGGUAAUGAUGUUCAGAAUGGCGCGACGGUACGACUAUCAAACGGACUCCAUUCUAUUCUCGAAUAACCAGCCAUACUCCAGAGAUAGUUACAAUCUGGCAGGAAUGGGCGAAACCAUCGAAGAUCUCCUACAUUUCUGUCGGACCAUGUAUUCAAUGAAAGUCGACAAUGCCGAAUACGCUUUACUCACUGCCAUUGUCAUUUUCUCCGAACGACCAUCACUUCUAGAGGGUUGGAAAGUGGAAAAGAUCCAAGAAAUAUACCUCGAAGCGUUGAAGGCGUAUGUGGACAAUAGAAGGAAACCACGGGCGCACGUAAUAUUCGCAAAACUCGUGUCGGUGUUAACUGAACUCAGGACUCUGGGCAACCAGAACUCAGAAAUGUGUUUCUCGUUGAAACUCAAGAACAGAACAUUGCCGCCGUUCCUCGCGGAGAUUUGGGACGUCGACGUGAAGACAUAGUGCAGAAAGGAGCACGAUAACGGGUGAACCCGCAUGGGUGGUGUGCUGGCUUGUCGCUAUCUUUGCUUCGGAGCGAUCAAGGCGCAUGUUGGAAUGAUGAUGAUGAGCUACAGAGAGCACGGAGCAAACAUAGAGAUAUUUACCUCACACCACCACCAGUUGGCUGUGAAAUAUUGUAAAGUUAUACUUUUUUUUAAAUACUACUGAUUAAUAGAGAGUUGGACGGCAUCUAGGCAAUACGUUGAGGAGAUAGAUUUAUUUAGGGCCGUUUCAACCACUAACUGUAAGCCUUGAGUUGAUUAGGUCAAGUGUUCAGGCUUCAAGUGUUGGUACGAACGGUAUUUAGGUUGAUUAAUUUAGCUCGAUUUUUCAUACUAAGAUUUAAACUAAUGUAGAUUUUAUAAGUCUUGUAAAACUCUAGAACUUUUGAUAAAAGUAACUUUUGGCGAUAUGCUUACAUACACAAAUUGGUAAGACUGGGACUGGGACUGAUACAAAAAAUGGUGCCUUCACGAAAUCACUACCACUCAGACUGAGGGCAGGUGCAAACAAUGGAACUAGAGAAAUUUCUUAAGACAUUGGCGAUUUGUUAGUAUGGAUUAGAACAGUGCAAUUUAGUUAAUUUUACUAGAUGGAAAGGAUGAAUUGUUUUUUACUAUUUCAUUGUUAAAUUCGGUACCCUACGAGCUUUGCACGGAACAAACAUCCCCUUCCAGGAGUAUAUUUGUGGGGUACUUUGUUAACUAAUUUAUGUAUGCACCAAUUUUCCGUUAAAAUUGAUGGAGAGGGAAACAAAUGGCAGAAUUACUUCCAAAACGACGCACGUUCGAAGCAGCCGUCCGAAACCACUAACCAUUUUUAAUAUAGAGACAGUGAAUAUGUGAAGUGAUUCCAGAGCGACAAAGACAGUACUAUUCUCCCCCGACAAGUGCCAUGAGAUUUGGGCAUAGUCAUACGUACAUAAUAUUUAACCCUACACAGACUAUCCUGCCUUUCAAAAAAACACUAUCAAUGUUUAAUCUCUUUGAAUGUGUAGCUGUCAGUCUACUCAUUUUUUAUACUGUAUAUUUUUCCGCAUAAGUAUUUCCGCUGCUAGUUUAUACAGAUAUUAGAUGCAUAUACAUAUUUUUCAUCGAUGUAAAUAAUACAUAUUUUCAUACCGAAUGAAAAUCAUAUGAGACAGAUGUGUAUUUUAAUUUUCAAUGGUUUGGGGGCAUUUCUGAACGUUAUUUUUUUGCUGUUGCUCGCCUCGAAUUUGCUUCUACCGCGCUAUAAACACAUUGAAAAUUACUGAGAAUGAAGUGGAAAUGAAUCAGUUUGCACCGAAAGUUGCUAGAGCUCGAAAAUUAAUAUGUUUCUCAACAAACUAAGUCGUAUAUUUCAUUUUGCUCAAAUGCAACUCUCAUUGACAAAAAUUAAAUUAUAAAAAAAACAGCAAAUUAAGGAAAUACAAAUACACUAUACAAGGUGUCCCGUGACUCGAUGGGCAUUGCUUAAGAGCCUUUUUUGGACAUAUUUAAGUCGAAAAUUACUUGGAAGAUGGAAUUUUAGCGAAAAGUUCAAAAGUGUGACGAAGCUAAGGGCAAAUAAAUUGUAAGAGAACAUGAAGAGUAAAUAUAAGAGUAGGUAUGCAAUGUUUUAUUACAACCACAAAGUUCCACUGCCUCACAGCUCAUUCUGGCGCUUUUUAAGAGUAUUUAAGAGUAUAUUUGUAUUGGCUCAAGCUGUCGCCAUCGAAUGACACAACACCCUGUAUAGCGUCCAAUUUACCAAAUCCAUCGACAUCAACUCUACAAGAUUUUGUUGUUGGUCUUGAACAAUUUCGACUUGAAUUGAAAAGUAAAUCGUUAGACUCUGGUUUAAAAAAGCAAAAAAAUAUAUUCAAACUAGUGCGAGCCCGAAACAAACAAAACUGCCACUAAAGCAAUACUCUCUCUUAAGUACGUAAUAUACUCGAACGCUUGAAAAAGUCAGAAAUGUUUCCCUAAGCCAAUCCAAAUGAUGUUCACUGACAUGGACAUCGUUUGGAUGUCUUGCACCAUCCAAUGCCUUAACAUGGGAAAAACACAUAUUGGUUUAUCUCAGGAGUCAACCCCCAACCUUCGCUAUUCAGGUAUAUAGUGUGUUGUUCAAAUAAAUGUCCGAAUAUUAUACAGAGAGGAUAUAUUUUCCGCAGUCGAGGAUAUAAAUAGCGUUUUGAGCAUGUACGAGUAGAUGUUUGUUGAAAAUUGAGAAGUAUAUAACAUGAAAAAUUUAAUAUAUUAUAGUAAAGGGUUUGAGGCAAGGAUAUGCUGUCAUAAAUACUGGAUAAUGCCUGGCUUAGAAGGGAUUAGGCAUUAUUUCUUUGCAUAAAUCCCUGAUAGACAUAGAGGAGACCUUUAAGCAGGUGUACAAAACAAUGAUGGUACAAAAAACUUCAGGAAGAAAUUGUUACAUUUUCAGCAAUCGGUUGACUCCGUUAGUUCUUUCACUGCCAAAUUUGGCUCUGUCUCAAUCAUCAUCCCAUUCUCAAAAUGACUCUUAUUGGUAGAUAAGAAAAUCCCACAAAACUCGACUCUCAGCUAAAUUACUUAAAUAUGAAGUUACUUAAUACUUAGAGACUGAAAUUUUUUCUUUAUGUGUAUAUUGGAAUUUUUAUUUAAUUAAAAUAUCGGAACUUCAUAGUUUAGGUAGGUGUGUAGGUAAAGUGUUUGUUAAAACUUGCUGAUCAGUAUGUGUGAGCGCAAACACAAGUCGAGCUUUUCCCGAACUGAUGUUGGUGGGAAGAGCUUUUUGUGAGAGAUUUUAAAAGACUGGAUUCUAGAUAUCAAUUAAUGUUUUAACGAAACGUCAGCAAGUGGGGUUGCUCUCUUUUUCUCGAAAUAUUCAUUCAAAAUCUUCAUACGAGCAAUGGAAUGAGUAUAUUUGGUCGGUUUUGUGGGAAACCAAUUUCUGAACGAAAUCCACGCAGUCCAUAUAACGACUAAGAUAAUUCGAUACUAGCUUCUUAGUAUCUCAACUUCGUACUAGAAUAGCAGUUAUUGCUUGUAAUAAUCAUCAGUGUUACAUAAUUUUGCAUUUUUCAUAAUUGACGAAGUCGUAAAUACAUUAAAACGAAUCAAAUUAAUUUUUCUUAUAUAAAAAACACCAUAUACUUAUUAUAAACACUGCCAAGCGUUUUUGGACUGCCAUCAUUUUUAAAUACCUAACCGUAGUUCCAUGUCGAUUGUAAAUGUGUGUCGUUUAAAUGUAAUAAAAAAAUCAUCGUGAAUUUACUCCUAAUAUUAAACAACUGCGUGGAUUUUCGUUAACUUAAUAUUAACAAGGAAACGACUGUAACUGUGUAUAUGUUAAACGUAAUUUUUUAUGUUUUCUAUUCGGUACUAUUGAUAUGAUCUGGUUGGAAGGCUUUACAUCACAUACAUGGUAUUGAAUGCCAAAUUGUAGGGCCUUGUAACAUCGAACAUAAAAUGUGUUAAUCGGAAUGAAAAAUGAGAACUUAGCGGGCAUCUCUCAAGCACUACCACUUUUUGUUACAUAUUUAUUUAUUAUGAUGUACUAAUUUUAGCUUUAUCGUUAAAAAAUCAUAACUCUAUACACAAUGUUUUCCUUCGAAAUCUUAUUUAGAAUAUGUAUGUACGAUAUGUAAAUAAUUUUUGAAAAUUACCAAUAAUUUACUUUUAUACGUUUCUUUAUCAGUUUUGCUUUUGUCUAAGCAGGUAGAAUGAUAGUUGAUUUACUCAUUGUUUUUUGAGAUAAUUGAAUACGAAAUUUGCUCAAAAUUACGUUGCCUUUUAUGUGCCAAACCUGCUGUACUUGCAUGCUAUGGGACACAUUUCUGUUGGAAAAUUUCUAUGGAAAGUUUGAAGAAUGUGAGGAAUCCAAUGCGGAAAACAUGCAUUGGUACUACGAUUCGUAACACUUUCUAGGGAUUAUUUAUUGUCACAAUCUGGAGAUGUUUCUUUAGUAAUUGUCUAGUGUUUAGGGCCUCCAGGAUUUCGAUAAUGAAAGCUUACUUGCGUUGUAGAUUAUCGUUGACCAACACUUUAUUAGUGGUGUUCCUCACGGAAAAACCUUUUUCAACAGUUAAUCGACAUUUCAGGACAUGGGAUAUUGUUGUUUGGCUUUAGUAAAACAGGGAAAAGUUCUGAACUUGUGUGCCUCAAAAAGUGGUUAAAAAAUGCAUUUCCAGAAGAAACACCACUAAGAACAACUUCUAGUAAAGGGAUAAUCUUCAGCGUAAGGGCGAUAUUCAUUAAGUAGUUAUGAUUAACUCCAGAAGAGUUCAAGAAACGUUUAUCUGAGAGUAUCGCCGGAAACCAGUAGCUUAAAGUUAAAAAAAGGAGCAUUUUUGGAAAACUGUAUUUACCAGUAGCUCUUCUUUCCAUAUUUACAUGGACCGUGUAGUGGAAAAAUCCGUAGUCACCUCAAAAUUCUAAGCACUGUUAUGUAAAGACACCCCGUUUGAGACCAAACGUCAGACGGUUUCAAAAAUCGCAUUUUCUCAGCAAAAAUCGCACUUUGAACAAGAAAAAUACCAUAAACCGAUAGAAUCAAACUUCCCAUUUGAGGAAAUCAACAGUUUUUGGCACAGAAUUUAAAAAAAUCAAAAAUUUUCGAAAAAUUGAUGGAUCGAUGUGUACACUCUUGCCCAACCGCGACUAAAGUGAGCAAAAACGUCAUGCGCGUUGACAGGCGUUUAAAGGCGCGUAAUUCGAAUUUUAUCAAGACUUGGAUGGUGUUUUAGGACUUCCUGUGUAAAGUGCCCCCAGAAAUGCGCUUUUUUCAUGUUCAUGUAAUGUUUAUUUUUUUUGUCAUUGAAAUGCGAAAAAAUACAUAACAUACAAAAAGACUGCAACUACACAGUGGUCGCAUGCCUGCAACUGAGUUUUUAAACGUAAUUUUGAUUUUGGAAUAUUCGACUUUUUAGUUAUUUUUCGUUAAGCUUUAGAUCCGGUGCAACUGUUCUAUCUGCUCAUUCAAAAGGAACCAUUCCUACAACAAGAAUUCUAGAUAAAAGCAUAGAUUAAUUAUUGGAAACGUGCAAUAUGUACAAAUUUAACUAAUUUUUUAUAUAUAUAACUAUGUUAGGACUGUAUAUUGAGAUAAUUAGUUGUGUUAACUUUUACACACAAAAAAUGCUGAUUGGCAGUAUUAUAAGCGUCAGUGAAACGUUGUUGGUUUUUUUAAGAAUACCGGAGAAUGGACAUGGAAGCUUUUCGGUCAGUCAUUCAAGUACUGUUUUAUAAAUAUUAUAGUUGAUUUACUGUACAGGAUGCCGAUAUGUUACGUUGUUUGUGACUGGCCGAAAGUCGCAAGUCCCAAUACAGUUGACCUGCAACAUACCUGGAAAAAACGAGAAUUGUAAGCAAUGAACUGUUUGAUGAUAUAUUUUGUGCAGUAAACCGUAAAUUAAUAGAA